CUAUCAGAGCGCAAUGGGUUGCAGAAGCUCUGCUAUUAAUGAUAAACUUAACUAAUGGCGUCUUCGAUACUGAUGAUACUCACUCUUCUACCCAGUAUGGUAACAGUAUCGAUACUGAGGGGACCAACGCGAGUGGCGGAUGCCAGGGUUGCAACAGUCUGACUGAGAGCCCUAUCACAUUCACUUCAAGUACCAAGUCAGAAUAGAACACAAGCGUCGCGUCGGAAGUUAAUUGACAAGUUAGACACACCAUGGGGAUACGGCACCUUUUGCUGCUCCUCAUAUACCUGAAUCCUCUGAGCAUUUUCUGCGCCGCAACUGGGGGCAAGAAAGUGAAGACAGAGACCAAGCGGACUCCCAAGGCAAAAGAAGCCAACAUCACCGCGGCGGUCCCCACCGCUGCGCCGCAGAAGAACACGACCAAGGACUACGAUAUGUGUACCGGUUACUACGACGUGAGCGGACAAUUUGAUAGAGAGUUUGCGUGUAACAACACGGUUCACCGCUACUGCUGCGGGUCCUGCUUCCUGCGGUUCUGCUGCCAGGAAAAAGAAAAAAGAGUAGACCAGUCAAGCUGUAAAAACUACAACACGCCGGACUGGGUGAAAACGCCAGCCCCGUCGCCAGCCUCGACAGGACAGCCUUUUGACCCGAGUAUGGACCAGACGAACACUGCGGUGUACAUCACCUGUGGGAUCCUAGCUUUUAUUUUAGUGGUGGGAGUUUCGGCUAAAGUUGCCUAUGACAAAGCCACAGAGCCCCCUCAGGAAAUGAAUAUCCAUAGGUAAGUCCGAAUGAAUGAAUUAAUUAAUAUACAUGCCUGCUUGGGUGCAAAGCCCCCUCUUAUGUGUGCCGCAAAAUGAUCUGGUCUUUAAUGUCUUGAGAGAAAAAUGGCAAUGUCGUUAAACAUAUAAUACUGUAAUGAAAUCAUGUUAGCAUGCAGUAUAAAAUAUGUUAUGGAUCAUCAACCUGUAAAUUGAAAUCUUCAGUUUUCCAUAUAAUAUAGCCUAGCUAAUAUGGAGCGUAUCUACAACCCCCAGCUGUCUAAGCCAAUAUACCAAGAGGUCUGACACUUGAACAAAGAACACUAGCCGCACCUGGAACAGAGUUGUACAGUAGACUGACUAUGUUACUACAUGGCAAUUAUGGGUCAGAGGUCAUAGUUCAGCCUACUGUGAGGUGUCACAUGUCAAUUGUUAUGUCUGAAAUGAAUGGGUCCCUUUCUAUGUGUAUGAAUUAUGGCUAUUCUCAUACUUUUAAAACAUUAACUUUAGAUGUGAUUUAGAUGUGCUUUAGAUUAGAUUUGUGCCCAAUAGAAAUGAAUGGUAAAUAAUGUAUUGUGUCAUUUUGGAGUCACCUUUAUUGUAAAUAAGAAUAUAAUAUGUUUCUAAACACUUCUACAUGAAUGUGGAUGCUACCAUGAUAAAGGAUAAUCCUUAAUGACCAUUCAUUAUAAUAAUUACCAUUAAUUCUAUUGGGCACUAAAUAAUUUGAAACACAACCAAAAUGAACAGGAAAUGCAUUUUGUAGAGUCACGCUUGAUGUAGUCCUUGCGUACUAGGAAUAUGGGACCAAAUACUAAACUUUGGACUACUUUCUUUAUUUUGACCCAUACCUUUUUGAGAAAAAACAAAUCUCUUUCUCUGAGCAAUUGUAUUACUAUAAAAUAAUAACAUUUCCCCAUUUUUUUGAGCAUACAAUAUAGCUCAGUAUUUGAAUUAUUUGUUUAUACAGUCAUCGCUCAUGUUUAUCAAGAGUGUCAAUCAUUUCGGACCCACUGUAUAUGGCUCUGGCUCUGCUUGCUCCAUAUAUGGCACCCCUAAACGUUCUAUAAAGAACCCUUUUGUAUGGUUCUUUGAUCCGAACCCCAGCGAUGGGAAACACUGCAAACCUACGGAGGUUUAAUUGCAGAGGUGUUCAAAGGGAAACAUUUAAAUUGUUUGGGUAGGCUGUCUUUUUGGCUGGCAAAUCAGGUGUGUGGGUGAGGGUAUGAUCCUACUGAUGCUACUGAUGCAUAUUUGAUGUUUUUUUUAAAAGUGUUUCUUUGCAGAUGUUGUGAUAAAUCUGGUUUCUGCAUCAUAAAGUCAAGCCAAUGUAAUAAUAUGGAGAGCACUGAUGGUGCAUCAUCACUUAACAUUUUAACGGAUAAAUCCAGACACAUAACAAUGUCUAUGCACAUUUUCCUUGUAAAAUACUCAUAAAAUGUCAAGGCCUUUGAUAAGUCAAGUCAAACCAGUUUGUCAUCAGUUGACUGUCAUAGACCAUAAAAUAAAAUAACCUCUAUUCCAGUCCCAUAACACCUAUCAUACCAACACCAACACUCUCUCGGUGGUGGUGGUGGUGGUGGUGGUGUGUGCAUUCUCAGCCUGUAGUGGUGAACUGACAUGGGUAAAUUAGCAUUAUGUUGGAGAUUUCCACCAAGUAGCUGUUUGUAGUUAUGUGUGUAAGCUUCUGUGUGUUUCUCAGCUGUUUCCCGGCUCCCUUUGGGCUUUGCCACUAGUGGACAACACAUGUUGGAGAGCAGACAUCGAUGAGCAACCGCUGACAAACAUUGUACUCUCCCUCUAUGACGCAUGGUUCUUUCAUACAUGUAUGACUCAACACAGGAGUAAUCUAGAGACAGUAAAUAAUGUAUCACGUUAAGGUUAAAGUAUCAUUAUAGUUGCUUGACAUGUCUGCACCACACCAAAUCCAAUGAUAAAGUACCUAACUGCAAAACACGGGUGUGAAAUAACUAAAAAACAGGAACAAUAUUUAUAGAGCAGCAAAGGUUAUGCUGUAGAGAUACAGUGGGGAAAAAAAGUAUUUAGUCAGCCACCAAUUGUGCAAGUUCUCCCACUUAAAAAGAUGAGAGAGGCCUGUAAUUUUCAUCAUAGGUACACAUCAACUAUGACAGACAAAUUGAGAAUUUCUUUUCCAGAAAAUCACAUUGUAGGAUUUUUAAUGAAUUUAUUUGCAAAUUAUGGUGGAAAAUAAGUAUUUGGUCACCUACAAACAAGCAAGAUUUCUGGCUCUCACAGACCUGUAACUUCUUCUUUAAGAGGCUCCUCUGUCCUCCACUCGUUACCUGUAUUAAUGGCACCUGUUUGAACUUGUUAUCAGUAUAAAAGACACCUGUCCACAACCUCAAACAGUCACACUCCAAACUCCACUAUGGCCAAGACCAAAGAGCUGUCAAAUGACACCAGAAACAAAAUUGUAGACCUGCACCAGGCUGGGAAGACUGAAUCUGCAAUAGGUAAGCAGCUUGGUUUGAAGAAAUCAACUGUGGGAGCAAUUAUUAGGAAAUGGAAGACAUACAAGACCACUGAUAAUCUCCCUCGAUCUGGGGCUCCACGCAAGAUCUCACCCUGUGGGGUCAAAAUGAUCACAAGAACGGUGAGCAAAAAUCCCAGAACCACACGGGGGGACCUAGUGAAUGACCUGCAGAGAGCUGGGACCAAAGUAACAAAGCCUACCAUCAGUAACACACUACGCCGCCAGGGACUCAAAUCCUGCAGGGCCAGACGUGUCCCCCUGCUUAAGCCAGUACAUGUCCAGGCCCGUCUGAAGUUUGCUAGAGUGCAUUUGGAUGAUCCAGAAGAGGAUUGGGAGAAUGUCAUAUGGUCAGAUGAAACCAAAAUAUAACUUUUUGGUAAAAACUCAACUUGUUGUGUUUGGAGUACAAAGAAUGCUGAGUUGCAUCCAAAGAACACCAUACCUACUGUGAAGCAUGGGGGUGGAAACAUCAUGCUUUGGGGCUGUUUUUCUGCAAAGGGACCAGGACGACUGAUCCGUGUAAAGGAAAGAAUGAAUGGGGCCAUGUAUCGUGAGAUUUUGAGUGAAAACCUCCUUCCAUCAGCAAGGGCAUUGAAGAUGAAACGUGGCUGGGUCUUUCAGCAUGACAAUGAUCCCAAACACACCGCCCGGGCAACGAAGGAGUGGCUUCGUAAGAAGCAUUUCAAGGUCCUGGAGUGGCCUAGCCAGUCUCCAGAUCUCAACCCCAUAGAAAAUCUUUGGAGGGAGUUGAAAGUCUGUGUUGCCCAGCGACAGCCCCAAAACAUCACUGCUCUAGAGGAGAUCUGCAUGGAGGAAUGGGCCAAAAUACCAGCAACAGUGUGUGAAAACCUUGUGAAGACUUACAGAAAACGUUUGACCUGUGUCAUUGCCAACAAAGGGUAUAUAACAAAGUAUUGAGUAACUUUUGUUAUUGACCAAAUACUUAUUUUCCACCAUAAUUUGCAAAUAAAUUCAUGAAAAAUCCUGCAAUGUGAUUUUCUGGAAUUUUUUUUCUCAUUGUGUCUGUCAUAGUCGACAUGUACCUAUGAUUAAAAUUACAGGCCUCUCUCAUCUUUUUAAGUGGGAGAACUUGCACAAUUGGUGGCUGACUAAAUAAUUUUUUCCCCCACUGUAUAUGUCAUGCACAAGGCUUUGAGCAACCGAAGCAAUGCAAACAUAAUUCGAUUUUGCUGCCAGAAAAAAAACAUGUUUUUUUGUUAUUUUCUUUCAUGAUGCUGUUGAGUUUUUCCAUCCCCUCUCUUCCUUCUCCUUCUCAUCCCCGAGGGUACCAUACCUUCAUAUUCACCUGUGAUCGGCCUGAAAAACACUACAAUUCAAUCUAAUUAUAACUGCUUCUCAUAAACACAACUCUGUUUCUGUUUCUGUUGCGUAUUAGUAUAUUUUUUAUAGCUCUACUGUUUUAUUAAGGGUUCUCUAUAACUUUUCAGUGCCAAGAACACUCACUCACCUUGGAGUGUAGUGUAGAUGCUUGGAGAAGUAAGCUAAAUAGUAGUAACCUUUGGUGACCUUUGGUGCCCAAAAUGUUAUCAAAAUCAGACGUUUUCUCUCUGUGUGUCCCCAGGGCCCUUGCAGACAUCCUGAGGCAGCAGGGGCCCAUUCCCAUAUCUCAGUACGACUGUGAGAACUUUGCAGCGAUGAACGGCUCUCCCAAAGACAACACUCCCCAACGAACCUCCUCCAAGAACCACUACACCCCUGUCCACCAGUCCAAGUCCAACCACGGUACAUUACCUUUAUAGUAUGGUACAUAUAUUCUACUGUUUUGGGUACAUAUCUUCAAAGACAAAUUGGUGAAGUGGCAGCAAUAGGCAAAUUUGUGAAGAGGUAUAGGAAUACUGUGUGAAGUGUGUGAAUGUGUUGGUGCAUCAUCAUUAUGCUUCAUGACUUUGACCUGCUUAAUCAUCUGCAUGAGACUGUUUCUGAAUUGAUAUGUGUCAGUGGUCUUAGUGAAUGAGUGUGUGUGUGUCUCCCAUUGUGUGUUUAUACAGUUUCUUUGUGUAAGAGUGCACACAUUGUGUGUCUACGGCAUGCUGCUCUCCCUGUCAGUGGUGUAAUCUCCUAUGUUAACAUCCCAUAAUCAUCCGAUUUGUGCAAGAGUGGGAAUGAGAGGGAGAGAGAGAAAGAGAGGGAUAGAGACAGCAGAGAGAGAGGGGAAGAAAGACAGAAAGAGGCCCUGUUAGUGUAGAUAAUUGUGGCUGGCGAGGGAACAGGGGCGGGCCGUCUCUGGCAGGGUGGAAACGAUGGACGCUGAGUGGUUCAGUGGGUGAAUCAGCCAAGGAUGACACCCUGGCACACAGAGCCUGCAGCGGGACUGUGACCGCUUCAGCACGCAGGGGAAUGGGAUUCAACCACACGGCUGGGAAGUGGGAACAGAACACCACUGACAGGGGGUGUAAAUCUGGGUUAUGGAAUCUCUGAAGAGACACAGUAAACAUGAGAAAGGUUUGUGGUUGCAGGAUUGGGAGUGUGAGGCAGGUCUGAGUUGAGAGAGAGGAAGAAACAGACAACAAGAGAAAGGGAAGACAGACAGACAGACAGAGAAAGGUGUUUGAGAGAUACACAGUAAGUCCGAAAAAAAUGUGAUUAAGAGAGGAAGAGACUGUGGCCGUAUCCGAAUACCCGUACUUCCGUACCUAAACACAACAAGAGAAAGGGAAGACAGACAGACAGAGAAAGUCCUAAAAAUCCACUCGCAUUGGACAAAAGACAUGCAGAGACACACAGCGGGACAGACAAACAGAUGUGCAGGCUAGACAAGUGUGUCAGGUUUCAGACCAGCUCAUUUGGGUUGCAGAGCGGGGUGGGCCACGUCGACCCCAGUCUGUCGACCCCAGUCUACUCCCAGUCAGCGGCCCCGUCUGUCCCCCUGAUUCACUGUAUCAAUCUAGUCCUAAUGCUGUGGCCCAACAAGUCGUGCAGGGCACAGAGAAUGCACCCACCCGACUGGCUGCACUGCUCACUGUGACCUUGUGGGAUGUCAUACUCAGUGGAGGUCAAGCAUCACUCUCUCUCUCUCUCUCUCUCUCUCUCUCUCUCUCUCUCUCUCUCUACUCUCUCUCUUCUCUCUCUCUCUCUCCAUCCUCUCUCUCUCUCUCUCCUCUCUCUCUCUCUAUACCUUUCUGUCUGCCUGUUUGGUUGUGUCUCUGUCUGCCUGCCUUCCUGCACACAGUUGUUGUUAGUGUUAGCUAGUGAACGUAGCUCAUCAUGUAAGCUAGCUUAUCCCAUCCCAGGCCGGCUCUCCCUACACUGUGGACCAGGCAGUCCUGUGGUCUUGGACAUGAAAGGCAGUGACAGGCAGAGGAGAGAAGGCGUGGGUAAUGUGUGUGUAUAAAUUGGGAGUUGCUAUUCUAUGCACUAACGGGAUCAGGAUCGGUGGUAUAGCACCACGAAAAUGCAUAUUAAUGUGUGGCCAAAUGCACAUCCAGUAUAAUACAGCAGUACUCCUGAGGAGAAGUUUUCUUUCUGUUAGAGAUGUCCCUACUGAGGAUGACACAGUUAGAUAGAUAGAACAUGUAGAACGGAAAGAAAAAAAGAAAGAGAAUGAAAUAAAAAAAUAAUCCCUGCACACACACUGAAGCCUUCCAAGACUAGCUACUCAGGUCUCUUAAAUCAGAUGGCCCAGAGUCCUCUUUAACCAGGUAUAGCUACAGCUAAAGGUCUGGAAAGGCUUAAGAGGACCUUCUCCAACUGAGCCAAGAGAUAAAAUGACGUCACCAUCCCCUCUGAUCCUAAAAUGGAAUGCCGUGGUUUUCCCCGUCACAACAAUACAACCCACUUUGCCAAAAAACAGAUGAUUUUCUUACCGUAGUUUUAGGCGCUUUCCUAAAAAUACACUCAGAGUAUUUAUGAAUGCAGGUGGGGCGUGUCACAGAUAUCCUUGGUGCAUUGCUAAAAAAAACCUGUCCCGCCGUCCGGGCAUUUUUAGAAUGAUACAUUUCUUAAAAACAGAUCCUGGAGCAUACCGUGCAGACAGCAGAAUAGGAUACCAUGCUAUUUAUAUUGGCAUCCACUCUGCUUGAGUUGUACGUUUCAGAGCCUGUUUUUAGGUCUGGGAGUAAACAUUAUACACCCUGCAGCCACAACAAGGAAAAGUCCUUGAAAGUUGAUUCUUUUAGAGGGCUUGAGUAGAUUUGACCUUAAACAUACUUCUAGGUUUGAAGUAAAGAAACAAAGAGAGAGAAAAAAAGAAAGAAAACUUCAUUGAAUAAUGCUUUUUUGACCCAUACAGCUCUCACAGGGAAAAACAUUUACAUUACACUGCAAACAUAGUUUUAUUAUGUUGGUUGUUGUUCAAAAAUGUGAAUUAAGUCCAGUAUGAAUAGAUGAAGUUAUGUUUAUUGUAGUGUGGAGAAUAUCUGUUUUCACUGUGUCCAGUAUCCAUAUUCUAACAUCUUAGGGUCAGUGGUCCUAUUUGUGACUCAACAACAACAACAGUUUCUCUGACAUUCAAAGUCUAAUGAUGACUCUGCUGCAUAAACAAACAGCUAAUGGUGACUAUAUUCACAUGACAACCAUUUAACCUUCUUGCUUUUUACGCAACUUUGUUUUGAUAUGACCUUGGGACAUUUCCCACAGCUCUUUAGUGCUGUGUGUGUAUAUGUGUGUGUGUGUAUGUGUGUGUGUGUAUGUGUGUGUGUAUGUGUGUGUGUGUGUGUGUAUGUGCAUGUGCGUGUGUGUGUAUAUGUGAGUGUGUAUGUGUGUGUGUGUAUGUGUGUAUGUAUGUGUGUGUGUGUAUGUGUGUGUGUGUAUGUGUGUGUGUGUGUGUGUGUGUAUGUGCAUGUGCAUGUGCGUGUGCGUGUAUAUGUGUGUAUUUGUGUAUGGGUGUGGGUCUCACUCUCUGCGUAUGUGUGUGUUCGUGUGUGUCUAUUGCUCAGAGAGCAUUAAACUAUGAUUUAAUUAGUUUAAUUAAGAUAUGGUUCACCGAUAGGCACUUUUCAUAAUCAGAUUCAGUCUGCACAUUUUUUUUCUACAUUUUCUGUUUUCCUAAUCUUCCACCAAUUAAUCCUAAAACUGCACGGCUAUAACAUCUCCUCAGUGACCUCCCUCCCUCUCUCCCUCCCUGUGGAUUUGAUAAUCAACUCCUCCAUUUAAAGAGGAGUAUUUCAAUGCUGACUAUGUCAACAUGGUUAGUAUAAACCACCUCCUAUGUGCACCUGUGUCAAACCACAGCAUCAUGGAGAGCAGGCUAAUUGUCCCAGCAGCUACUUCUCAUCAUUAACACUUAUUAUGCACCACGACCUCUGAACCCAGAGUGUGUGUGUGUCUGUGCUCCUGUGUGUUCCUGUGUUGUGUGUGUCAGAGCAUGAAUGUGCUCAUGCACAUGUGUGUUUGUGUAUGUGUGUGCGUGGUUGUGUGUGUAUGUGAGAGGUAUGUGGGUGGCGUUGCAGGAGUGAGGGUGUAAUUAAUCUUAUGAAGACCUUUAAGUGUAGCAUCCUACAGUUACUUCUUGUUAAUUAGAAGCUAUUUUGCAUAAUGACAUAAUGCAUUCACUACUGUGUUCUAGGUAACACAGUGUUUAACCCAUUGGUUUCAUGAGUGAUCAACAAUUCUGACAUGAAAAAUAAGUAUUGCACAGUAUAACAUGGGUAGAUUGGUUGUUACAAAGGAUGAGAGCUUACUCUGCAGGAGAGGUUGAGAGAGAUAGAGAGAACGAAGGAGAGAGAGCGAGCGAGAGAGAGAGCGAGAGAGAGCAGUACAUACAGUACAUGAUAAAGAUGAUGUGCAUGUCACCAUGUCUACUCCACAGUAGAUAGGGAGCUGACAAUGCUAUAAAAUCACUAUCCCAUGUAAAUUACCCCUGCCUGUCUCACUGUGGUAAAGCUUAAUCGCCCUUGGAGUUGAAUAACCUUGCAGUCUCUCCGAACUACACAACACCACAUCUCUCCCUCUCAUUCCAUAAUGAAAUUAUCCGAUUAUUUACAUUCUCUGCUCACAAAAUAAUAUAGAACCGGGAACUAGAGAAGGUACGAAAAAAAAGAAAAAAGUUAGCACGUGUAAAAGGUACCUCUCUAUCUCCUUAUACAUCUUUCACAUGCAUAAGGUGAUCAUUGGAGGUGAAAGUCACGUAUCCUUAUAUCAAGGACAAUAAAUUCGUAAUGCAUAGCCUUUUCCUUGGCGGCGCUUCACACUAGCUCAUCUUAAUGAGUUGGGAAAGGAAUCAGGAGAAGGGGAUUGGGUUUGAAGAGGUCCUUUAGAUUCACAGGUUGUCUUCUAGGGUCAGGAACAUGGCCUACCCAUGAUAAAGGUUAGACAGGAAGGAUCGGGUAUGAUAUUGUGUGUGUGUGUGUGUGUGUGUAUGUGUGUGUGUGUGUGUGUGUGUGAGUGCUCGCAACACAAUUACCAUGGUAAUGGAAUGGGAGGAUAAUACAGGCGAGACAUACAGUAGGCCUAAGACAUGAUAUCUGCAGCUAUGGCAACCUCUGGUAAGUGAAGCAUGAUUGGGUUCUUUCCUGUGAGUAGAUCAAAUAUAUUGCUUUUUAUUUGGAUGUUUUUAUUAUUUAUUUAUUUAUUUGAAGACUAGUUUUCUUCCAUUUUGUAGUUUAAAGAGAGAAUGAUCAAGGGGUUCUGAUAGCAACAGUGAUAGUGAGAAUCAAAGUAAUCUGAAGUAUCUGCUGCUUUCAGGUGAUUCAAAAGGUUUUGAUGAAAGUCGGUAGACCAAAGAUUUAUUACAUCAGUCAAAAAGAGAAACUUUGCAAGUAAGCAGUCUUUGGAAGACUCCUCCUCGAUGUCCCUAUAGGUUUACACCAGGUUUCUGACUCUGUGAUUGGCUCUUGCAGGUCUCCACUACGGGAAGGAGAGCAUCCGCAGCAGUGGGGGUCACGACCUUCAUACUUUCAUCUCUUCUGGGUUCGUCACGUUGGGCCGCGGCCAGCCCAAAGGUACAGUACAACAGUUUCUAUAUCUUAUCAAUCUAGCUCUAUAUAACGCUUAAUCUUAUCUAUCCAACUCUAUCUAACCUCUUACCCUUAUAAAGCUUCUCUAUAUAACUAUAUCCAACCCCUUAUCCACCAAUCACCAUCCCUCCAUACACAGACCAAUAGGCUCCUUCUGCUGAGUCAACAAUGAUACAUCAUUCUCUUCUGCUUUCCUCUCUCAUUCCCUCUUUACCUCUUUUUCUCUCUCUCUCUGUGGCCGUGUCCGAAAUCUGUCUUGCCUAUGAUUACCUACUGUGUACUUAAUGGUACUACAUACUAUUUAGAAUGCACUGUUUAGUGGAAACUAACUUAGUAAGCACCAAAUAUCAACAUACUAGGCUCGUCCAUACUGAGAAUGUGUAAUCUAAUGCGUAGUUGCGUUUAUUCCAGCCAUUAUUCCAGCCAUUAUUCCAGCCAUGUGGUUAUAAGCUGUUGUCAAACACACGUGGGUCUCGAAAGGCGAUUCUCUUCCUUAAUGGACAGCGGAGUCACUGACCACCUUCCGGAGACACUUGAAACCCUACCUUUUUAAGGAAUACCUGGAAUAGUAUAAAGUAAUCCUUCUUCCCCCACCCCCCAUAAAAAAAAGAAAUAAAAAGAAAUAUAAAAAAUAUUUUAAAAAAAGAAAACAAAAAAAAAUAUAUAAAGGUGGUUGUCCCACUGGCUAUCAUAAGUUGAAUGCACCAAUUUGUAAGUCUCUCUGGAUAAGAGCGUCUGCUAAAUGAUGUAAAUGUAAAUGUUAAUGUGCAAUGAAUUCUACUAGAUGAAAAGCCUAAAUGAGUAUGACAUCCUGGCAUUUAAAGUAUGCAACAUUUUUGAAAUUUCACAUGCUAUAAAGCUUUCUAUUUUCGCAUACCCAAAAUACUUACUAUUUAGAACGCAAGUAUAGUCCCCCUCUCUCCCUCUCUCUCUCUCUCUCUCUCUCUCUCACAUACAAACACACAGAGUAACACAAGCAUUUCGCUGCACCCGCUAUAACAUCCGCUAAACUGUGUACGUGACCAAUAAACGUUGAUUUGGUUUAAUUUUGAUUUGACUCUCUUUCUCUCUCUCUUCACCCUUCCACCUCCACCCCCUUGGUUGAUGUGGCCAGUUUCAUUCUCUAACCCAAAAGGCCUUGCAUUCUAUUGGAACUACCCAGCCUCACCCAUGCAUACUGUACCUCUGCCAUGUUAUAUACAUUAUUAUCGGUUUACAUCUUUGUUUGAUGUCAAGACAUGUGUAUAUGAAAUAUUUCCCGGCUUAGUUUCCUUUCAUAUAAUUCAUAUGAAUCCGUUCCUAUCUGUGCUUCAUAAUUUAAUGCACAGAAAAACAGCGAUGUUACCGUCUACCUGGAUUAGAGCGUGGGGUGGAAACAAUGACCCUGCCAUCUACAUACACCCACAGAGGACACGCACAUACACACUCACAUGCACGCACACACACACACAUACACACCUCCUCCAGAUGGAUGUCAUUAGCUAGGCCCUGAGUUUCUCCGUGGGUUAAAUACCGAUUAGUAUGCAUCACUGUAGACUGGCUGUUGUGAUUCAUUCUCUUCCAUUUACCUCCCAUAUAGCGCACACUAGGGCUAUGUCACUUCUAGAAGUUGCAAUGCAACUUACUUAACCUGAUGUGUGUGUGUGUGUGUGUGUGUGUGUGUGUGUGUGUGUGUGUGUGUGUGUGUGUGUGUGUGUGCGCACGCACGCACGCACGCAAGUGUUUAGUUUAGUUUAGUUUAUUAUAAUUCCCGUUAGCUACUGCACAUGCAGCAGCUUCUCUUCCUGGGGUCCAAAUAUAGAACAUUAAUAAACAAGAACAACAUCAGAUAUGAUAUUAAAUUCAAAAAUAAAAUACAAAAUAAGAGUUAUACACUACCAGUCAAAAGUUUGGACACACCUACUCAUUCAAGGGUUUUUGUUUAUUUUGACUGUUUUCUACAUUGUAGGAUAAUAGUGAAGACAUCAAAACUAUGAAAUAACACAUAUGGAAUCAUGUAGUAACCAAAAAAGUGUUAAACAAAUAAAAAUAUAUUUUAUAUUUGAGAUUCUUCAAAGUAGCCACCCUUUGCCUUGAUGACAGCUUUGCACACAUUUGGCAUUCUCUCAACUAGCUUCAUGAGGUAGUCACCUGGAAUGCAUUUCAAUUAACAGGUGUGCCUUCUUAAAAGUUAAUUUGUGGAAUGUAUUUCCGUCUUAGUGCGUUUGAGCCAAUCAGUCAAACCAAGUCUAUAUUAUGGCAAGAACAGCUCAAAUAAGCAAAGAGAAACGACAGUCCAUCAUCACAUUAAGACAUGAAGUGAAGUCGCAAAAACCAUCAAGUGCUAUGAUGAAACUGUCUCUCAUGAGGACCGCCACAGGAAUGGAAGACCCAGAGUUACCUCUGCUGCAGAGGAUAAGUUAAUUAGAGUUACCAGCCUCAGAAAUUGCAGCCCAAAUAAAUGCUUCACAGAGUUGAAGUCACAGACAUAUCUCAACAUCAACUGUUCAGAGGGGACUGUGUGAAUCAGGCCUUCUUUGUCGAAUUGCUGCAAAGAAACCACUACUAAAGGACACCAAUAAGAAGAAGAUACCUGCCUGGGCCAAGAAACACAAGCAAUGGACAUUAGACCGGUGGAAAUUAGUCCUUUGGUCUGGAGUUCAAAUUUGAGAUUUUUGGUUCCAACCGCGUGUCUUUGUGAGAUGCGGUGUGGGUGAACGGAUGAUCUCCGCAUGUGUAAUUCCCACCGUAAAGCAUGGAGGAGGAGGUAUUAUGUUGUGGGGGUGCUUUGCUGGUGACACUGUCUGUGAUUUAUUUAGAAUUCUAGGCACACUUAACCAGCAUGGCUACCACAGCAUUCUGCAGCGAUAUGCCAUCCCAUCUGGUUUGGGCUUAGUGGGACUAUAAUUUGUUUUUCAACAGGACAAUGACCCAACACACAUCCAGGCUGUGUAAGGGCUAUUUGACCAAGAAGGAGAGUGAUGGAGUCCUGCAUCAGAUGACCUGGCCUCCACAAUCCCCUGACCUCAACCCAAUUGGGAUGGUUUGGAAUGAGUUGGACCGCAGAGAAAAGCAGCCAACAAGUGCUCAGCAUAUGUGGGAACUUCAAGACUGUUGGAAAAGCAUUCCAGGUGAAGCUGGCUGAGAGAAUGCCAAGAGUGUGCGUAGCUGUCAUCAAGGCAAAGGGUGGCUAUUUGAAGAAUCUCAAAUAUAAAAUAUAUUUGGAUUUGUUUAACACUUUUUUGGUUACUACAAAUUCCAUAUGUGUUAUUUCAUAGUUAUGAUGUCUUCACUAUUAUUCUACAAUGUAGAAAAUAGUAAAAAUAAAGAACAACCCUUGAAUGAGUAGGUGUGUCCAAAUUUUGACUGGUACGGUAUAUAUUUUGUGUGUAUGUGUGUCCAUCUCCUCCCACUCUUUUGUCUAGCUAAAUGUAUGCUGUAGCUUAUACACACACAUUUCUAUAUACAGUGCCUUCGGAAAGUAUUCAGACCCCUUGACUUUUUCCACAUUGUCACGAUCGUCUAAUGAGGGAGACCAAAGCGCAGCGCGUUGAGCGAACAUGACUUUAUUAAAUUAAAGUACUCACUACAAAAAAACAACAAACAAUGACGAAUCGUGAAGUCCUCAGUUACAAUGACUGACAAGGAACAAAAACCCACAACACUAAGGUGAACACUGACAGUUUAAAUAUGGCUCCCAAUCAGAGAUAACGAGCCGACAGCUGACACUCGUUACCACUGAUUGGGAGUCACACGACCAAACAAGGAAACACAACCAAAUACAACACAAACCAAUACCAAAACAACCAAAUGAACACACCCUGGCUCAAAAUACACAGUCCCGGAGCCAGAGCGUGACAGUACCCCCCCCCUAAAGGCGCGGACUCCGACCGCGCCUACACCCCAAAUAGGGAAGGCUGGGUGGGUAUGCUCCUCGGAGGCGGCUCCGGCUCCGGGCUUGACCACCACCCUACUACAAUCCCCCCGUAGUGCCCCCAGUCCGAUCUGAUCCAGUUAGCUGGAUCAGGACUGCCGACGCGCACCCCUGGCUUGGCGCGUGAGGCAGGAAUGGACCGGACCUGGCAGACGAUACGCACCCUUUGCAUGGUGCGUGGAGCCGGAACAGGCCUCACCAGGCUGAAGACUCGCAUCCCUGGCUUGGUGCGAGAGUAGCAGGAAUGGGCUGAAUCCGGCUGACGACUCGCACCCUUGGCUUGGUGCGGAGUAGUAGCAGGAAUGGGCUGAAUCCGGCUGACCGACUCGCACCCUUGGCUUGGUGCGUCGAGUAGCAGGAAUGGGCUGAAUCCGGCUGACGACUCGCACCCUUGACUUGGUGCGAGUGGCAGGAACAGGCAGAAUCCGGCUGACGACUCGCACCCUUGGCUUGGUGCGAGUAGCAGGAACGGGCUGGGACCAGGCUGGCGACUCGCCACCCCUGGUUUGGUGCGAGUGGCAGGAACAGGCCGGACAGGGCUGACGAAACGCACCAUAGACUUGGUGCGGAGAGCAGGCACGGGCCGGACAGGGCUGGCGACGCGCACCACUGACCUGGUGGCGGGGAGCUUGGAUGGGCCGGACUGGGCUGGCGACGCGCACCACAGACCUGGUGCGGAGAGCAGGAACGGGCCGGACAGGGCUGACGAAACGCACCAUAGACUUGGUGCGGAGAGCAGGCACGGGUCUGACAGGGCUGGCGACGCGCACCACAGACUUGGCGCGGAGAGCAGGAACGGGCCGGACAGGGCUGACGACGCACACCACUGGCUUGGUGCGGGGAGACUGGAUGGCCGACUGUACUGGGGACACACACCACUGGCCCUACACCGGGAUCUGGAACGGGCCGGACCGACUGGCAACACACGCCAGUACCUCUCGCCGUGCCUCUACUUCCUCCAUCCCCUCUUCGACCAGUGGCCCCCGUAACCCGACGGCCUCCUCUGGCAACCCACUGGACCGCUCUAUCGCGGGCCUCCUGCUGGUCCGACGUCGUGAGCCCCCCCUAAAAAUUUCUGGGGUUCUCUCCUCUUCGUGGACCAGGCCUCCAUCGUUCUCGCCAGACUAUCACCCACUGCUCCAAAGUCCAAACCUCCUCCUCUUCUCUUUGGCUUGGCCCAGUCGAGACUCCUACUCAACUGCUCCCAAGUCCAUCCUCUCUCUUCUUCAUGCUGCUUGAUCUGGUUAAGGUGGGUUUUUCUGUCACGAUCGUCUAAUGAGGGAGACCAAAGCGCAGCGCGUUGAGCGAACAUGACUUUAUUAAAUUAAAGUACUCACUACAAAAACAACAAAACAAUGACGAAUCGUGAAGUCCUCAGUUACAAUGACUGACAGGACAAAAACCCACAACACUAAGGUGAACACUGACAGUUUAAAUAUGGCUCCCAAUCAGAGAUAACGACCGACAGCUGACACUCGUUACCAACUGAUUGGGAGUCACACGACCCAAAACAGGAAACACAACCAAAAUAAACACAAACCAAUACCAAACAAACCAAAAGAACACACCCUGCCAAAAUACACAGUCCCGGAGCCAGAGAGCGUGACACACAUUUUGUUAAGGUACAGCCUUAUUCUAAAAUGGAUUAAAUAAAUAAAAAUCCUCAGCAAUACCCCAUAUUGACAGAGCAAAAACAGGUUUUUAGAAAUUUAACAAAUUUUUACAAUUAAAAAACCGAAAUACAUUAUUUACAUAAGUAUUCAGACCCUUUGCUAUGAGACUCAAAAUUGAGCUCAGGUGUAUCCUGUUUCCAAUGAUCAUCCUUGAGAUGUUUCUACAACUUGAUUGGAGUCCACCUGUGGUAAAUUCAAUUGAUUGGACAUGAUUUGGAAAGGUACACAACUGUCUAUAUAAGGUCCCACAGUUGACAGUGCAUGUCAGAGCAAAAAACAAGCCAUGAGGUCAAAGGAAUUGUCAAUGUAGCUCCAAGACAGGAUUGUGUCGCGGCACAGAUCUGGGGAAGAAUACCAAAAAAGGUCUGUAGCAUUGAAGGUCCCCAAGAACACAGUGGCCUCCAUCAUUCUUAAAUGGAAGAAGUUUGGAACCACCAAGACUCUUCCUAGAGCUCGCCGCCCGGCCAAACUGAGCAAUCGUGGAAGAAGGGCCUUGGUCAGGGAGGUGACCAAGAACCCGAUGGUCACCCUGACAGAGCUCUAGAGUUUCUCUGUGGAGAUGGGAGAACCUUCCAGAAGAACAACCAUCUCUGUAGCACUCCAGCAAUCAGGCCUUUAUGGUAGAGUGGCCAGACGGAAGCCACGCCUCAGUAAAAGGCACAUGACAGCCCGCUUGGAGUUUGCCAAAAGCCACCUAAAUACUCUCAGACCAUGAGAAACAAGAUUCUGUGGUCUGAUGAAAUCAAGAUUGAACUUUUUGGCCUGAAUGCCAAGUGUUAUGUCUGGAGGAAACCUGGCACCAUCCCUACAGUGAAGCAUGGGGGCAGCAUCAUGCUGUGGGUAUGUUUUUCAGCGGCAGUGACUGGGAGACUAGUCAGGAUUGAGGCUAAGAUGAACGGAGCAAAGUACAGAGAGAUCCUUGAUGAAAACCUGCUCCAGUUUCACCUUCCAACAGGACAACGACCCUAAGCACACAGCCAUGACAACGCAGGAGUGGCUUCGGGACAAGUCUCUGAAUGUCCUUGAGUGGCCCAGGCAGAGCCCGGACUUGAACCCGAUCUAACAUCUCCGGAGAGACCUGAAAAUAGCUGUGCAUAAAUGCUCCCCAUCCAACCUGACAGAGCUUGAGAGGAUCUGCGGAGAAGAAUUGGAGAAACUCCCCAAAUACAGGUGUGCCAAUCUUGUAGCGUCAUACCCAAGAUGACUCGAUGCUGUAAUUGCUGACAAAGGUGCUUCAACAAAGUAUUGAGUAAAGGGUCUAAUACAUUUGCAAACAUUUCUAAAACCUGUUUUUGCUUCGUCAUUAUGGGGUAUUGUGUGUAGAUUGAUGAGGGGGAAAAAAACAAAUCAAUUUAAGAAUAAGGCUGUAUCUCUCUCUCUCUCUCUCUCUCUCGCUCUCUCUCUCGCUCUCUGUAUAUGCCAAAUAAGGGUUAAUUGGCUUGUAACCAGAGUGGAACCCUUUUUGGUGCUAUAUGGAACCUUUUUUUGAAGGUUCUAUAAAGAACCAUGCUCGUAGGGCUCUAAAUAGUUCUAUAAAGAGCCAAAAAAGAGUUCCGCUAUGGUUACAACCCUUUUUGUGGCUAUAUAGAACCUAUGGUUAUUUAUAGAACCUUUAUGGAGAAUGGUUCUACAAAUAACCUGUCUUAAUUUCAAAGGUUCUUUGAAUAACCAUUUUUUAAAUUCUGGUUAGGCAUAUUAUAUUGGUAAAAUUCCUUAAGUGUUAUCAUUGUUGUAUUUGACAUGUCGAAGCAUGUGUGUUUGCCCCGGAACAUUUUGGGGGCUCUUGAGGAGAGAAUUGAGAACCACUGAUUUAGUUAACUGUUUUCAAUUGACUCAAAGCCAUACAUGAGUCUUUCACAAGACACCAUCACUAAACAUAGUUAUAUUUCAAAUGUAAUGACAUAACAUAUUAGAUCAACUGGAAUGACACUCUCACUCACGGUUGCACAAAAAAGAGCUGUGUGAAAACCACGCACCAAAAUAUUCUAAUGAGCCUCUGCCGCCUACAUUUUAGUUAUCAUUAAUGAGGAAAGAACACUUUUCUGAACUGCAAAGAACCAUUGAAGUCCUCAAAGUGUUCUAUGAGUAAUUAUUGUUCCACAUAGAACCAUCACCCUCCCCAAACAACCCUUGAGGAACCCUCUUUUCUUAGUGUGUACAUAUACUUUGCAUCUGUUCUAUUAGAAGCUUUACUGCAUGAAGUCAACACAGCCAACAGCCACAGCCAAAUCUUGUCCUGUCGUCAUGAUUUCUGGUCCCUUUUGGGCGGUAGCAGUACAGUAGAAGAGAGGAUAGGAAAAGUUAUGUAAAUGAUUAUACAGUGGGAGAUUUAUAUCAUCUAUUUUCACAGCGUCAAUACUUCUUGAAUCCAUGUUCAUCAUAUUCAUUAUAUCAGAUGAGGAACAUGUAAUUGAUUUAAUUUGUGCGGCUCUGCAGAUUUACACAGUACACAUUUAUCCCUGGGUUUGGCUGACGUCUGGUCUGUUGCCUGCCCAUAAACCCUGUUCUCUGUGGGGCUGGAGGAAGGGUUGGAGGUUGGAGCUGGACCAGAACAGGCCUCCAUUGGGUGAUGCUCCAAUAAAUCAACAUCCUUCUUCCUCACGAGAGGUCUCACGGUUUGGCUCGGCCAACCAACUGCAGAGGAAUGGAGAGAGGGAUUCAAAUGUAUAUUUCAACCUAUUCUGUUCCAUCUGUGAAGACUCUUUGCUUCUGUUGUUUUAAUGAGAGAAAGAGGAUUUAUUGUUUACAUAAAAUUAGCAGUUUCCGUCUUUGCUACUUUUUUGUGUCUCAGUGUGUUGUGGUCCUUGGGGGUAGGACUGUAUACAAUGGUAUUCAUCCAGAAUGGCUAAAGUGUUGCAGAGGAAGUCUCUCUCUCUCUCUCUAUCUCUCUCUCUCUCUCUCUCUAUCAUCUCUGCUUCUCUCUCUCUCAUAUCUCUCUUCUAUCUCUCUCUCUCUCUAUCUCGAUCUCUCUCUCUCUCUCUCUCUCUCUCUCUCUCUCUCUCUCUCUCUCUCUCUCUCUCUCUCUCUCUCUCUCUCUCUCUCUCUCUCUCUCUCUCUCUCUCUCCUUCUCUUUGUAGUUCCCCCAUGAAACAUGAAACAUGAGUAAUGCGAAUCGCUGCUACAUUAUAUAUCUGGUAUUCUUUUUUUUGUUUUUAGUCUCUCUCUUCCAACAUCAUAGAUGAUGCUUCCUCUGCUUCCAUCCCCAGCUGUAUAUUUGUGAGGCCCAGAGUUUUGUAACAGUGGGUAGUCUGAUAUUUUUUGGCGCCGAACAAACACAUUUCCAGAUUGGGAUCUUAGCACGUAGAAUAUAACAGGUCUCCUGGGCUAGCUUGCGGAAAAUAUACACAAGCAAACUAGGUCUUGUUACAGCUACAGUAGUUCUAUGUUGUAAAUGUGUUUCUGUCUCAGUUUAGCUUUCUUUUUGUCAUGCAGUCCCUCUCCUCUUCUGUCUUGCUCAUUCUCUCUCUCUCUCUCUCUCUCUCUCUCUCUCUCUCUCUCUCUCUCUCUCUCUCUCUCUCUCUCUCCCUCUCCCUGUCUGUCUGGCUUUAUUACUCUGUCUGUCCCUCUGUCUCCCUCAGCUGUUAACACAGGGCUCUUUCUAUGGAGCUUAUCCAGUUGCAGCGAGGCACAUGAUAUUCACAUAGCAGCAGGCUUGAAUAACAAGAUCAAUCCCCUGCUUGUCUUUGACUUCGGUUUGGAGAAUUUUCUCAUUUGAUAUCACUCUUAACAUCCUGCUAAUGUACAGUAACGAACUAGCCCGGCCCUCUUAGUUGAUUUCUACUGGUCGUGGCUAAAAGCUAGAACAGACCACUGAGUCACGCUUUGGACCAAAACAACAAUAUUUCUUGAGUUAGUCAGAUUUCCUAAAAUCUGAGUAAAAAGGUUAUUAUAGAGUCAUGAUUUAGUUUUCAGGGCUGAUAUUGAAUAAGCAGGCAUCUGUUCAGCUAGUUAAUUACAGUGUGUGUGUGUGUUUAGUAGAUAAUUACAGGCAGUGUGUGUUGUUGUCUCCCUGGGGACUAUAGCAGAGGUCAAAGGGGCUGGAAGCUUCACAUCUGUCUGCUAGGGUUUACCACAACACUGGGUCCACCUCAAAGGAGUUCAAGCAUAGCCUUUACCCAGAGCACAAAGACUAAAUUAUAUAUAGGCUAACUCUGUCUUAACCUGUGGUGAGAGAGAGAGAGAGAGAGGAGGAGAGAGGGAGAGAGCGAGAGAAGAGAGAGAGAGAGAGAGAGGAGAGGGGAGAGAGAGAGAGGGAGAGUAGAGAGAGAUGAGACGAGAGGAGGCUGAGGAAGAGAGAGAGGACUGGAGGAUGAAAGAGAUUGGAGGAUCACAGAGCAGAGGGAUAAGGAGUGCGAGGACUAUGUGCUGUAUGACUGUAGAUUAGCUUUUCAAAGAGACACUGAUGCUCGUUUUUAAAUACUGAUUUGAGGCAUCACACGCGCGCGCACACUCGUAUACAGAGUUGCCUUCAACUAUUGGCUUCAUGUGUCAACUCCCACUUAUUUAUAUUUCAUCGGUCCACCGAGUCGCUCAAUAGCUACAACAUUCACACACAUACUAAUGGAUUGGAUUUACAUACUUCGCCGCUUUACCAAUCUUUCAUUUACUCCUAUAGAACAAGAAGUCAAAACUCCAAGUCACACCCACUCACAUCCAGUCAGUAUAUAACCUUCAAGAACCUUGUCCGACCUGCAUUGUCCCUGGCAACCUGCCAGCUCGUCGACAGACAUUUAUGUUGGUACACAUCCAUUUUUAUGCCUUGCGUUGCAUGACACCUCAAAAGCCUUCCACUUCCUGUAUCUGUGUGAGGAGGACAGGACAGGACAGGUGUAUUCGGAGGGGUGAGUAGCCAUCUGUUCAGUAGUCAGUGUUAUCUGUGCUGGCUCUGACUCCUACUGGGCUUCUCUCUCUAUCUGGACUUUAUCGUUCUGAGAGACAGACACUCCUGUCUCCGCCAUCUGGCUGGACGACCAAGAUGCCUCUUUCAAUUCCUUUGCUCCUGUUUUGUCCUAGACUGUCUCCGAAAGGGCAGCUUAUUCCCUGUAUAGUCUGAGCCUUUUUUAUCAAAUAGAAUUGUAAAAGUCUGUUUGCGUCCUGUGAAUGGUAAUAGUGACAUUCAGCCACGCUAUUGCAGUAGAUAUUUUCUGAAAUACGUAUACAUCAAAAAACACAUAAAAAAUUCAGUUUGUCGUUGAUCUUCAAUCUCCAUCUUUGGUGGUCUCGUGUGACUCAGUUGGUAGAGCAUGGUGCUUGCAACGCCACAGUUGUGGGUUCGAUUCCCACAGGGGAUCAGUACAAAAAAGUUCUGAAAAUGUAUGCUGACACUCUGGCUAAGAGCGUCUUCUAAAUGAAGUAUAUGUAAAUGCUGUAAUUCGAAUAAACAUUUUUGAAAAAUAUCUCCAGAAAACAGAGCAUAUCAGAAGAGCUGCUCUUAACUUUCUGCUUCCUACAGUUUCAGUUUCAGUUGCAAGUUUUAAUGUCACAUGCACACGUACAGUGAAAUGCCUUUCUUGCAAACUCAAAACUCAACAAUGCAAUAAUUAAUAACAAUGUAUUACUCCAAAAGAAAAAGAAAAACACGAGAAAUAAGAAUUAGACAUUUGAAAUACACAAUAAAGUAAGUAAGUAAGCAUACUAUAUACAGGAAAUAUUUAAAAAGUCAGUUCCAAUCCCAUAUUUACAUUUGCAGGGAUACUGGAGUGAUGGAGGUAGAUAUGUAUAGGGGUAAGGUGAUUAGGCAACAGGAUAUAAGAUAAACAGAGUAGCAGCAGCUUGCAUAUGAGUGGGUGUGCGGGUGUGUAGAGUCAGUAUAAAUGUAUGUAUGUGUGAGUGAGAAAAAAAUGGAGUGAGUGUUUGUGUGUGUGUGUUGGAGUGACAGUGUGUGUGAGUGUGUAGGGCCCUUUGAGUGUGCAUAGAGAAUACUGCAAAUACUGAAAUAACAGGUCAAUAAAGAUACAAUAUAAACUUGGUCCGUGUAGCUAUUUUGUUAGCUAUUUAUCAGUCGUAUUGCUUGGGGAUAGAAGUUGUUCAAGAGCCUGUUGGUGACGCAAAACAUUUGCAAGCCUCCCAUAACAAACUGUAUUCAUGACUGUGAUUUAAAGUAGAAAAUAAUACAAGGCCUGUCACAAGUACUGUACUGUAUUUAUUGACUAGCCUUUUUCUUAUUCAGCUACUGUCCUGAAGAGAAGUCAGUACAGUACAUCACUGUCACAUUAUACCAGAGUCUUUGAGAUGUGUCACACAUAUUUAGCCAAGCUAGGAAGUCCAUUGGGAAUAAUAAAGCUCAGCACUGUGUAGCCGGAUUGAAAAUCCAUGUCAAUUACGGGGAGAAAUUAUAAUUCCACCUUGAUUGAUUGAAAUUUUCCGCUACAGUCCAGAGAGCAAAUAGAUUGACAGCUAGCUAGGCAUGCAAAUUCGAUAAAGCAUUCAAAUUCAACUUAGAGGCUUUGAUUGGUUGAAGACAGUAAUUUUAAUUUCCUGCUUCCAUAUGUCAGUCAGUGAGGAUGAUUUGACAUUCAGCCAUGGCCGGAACAGUCCUGAAUAGAAGUAAUUACUUUAGACAAAGACUAAAUCCCACAUCUUUUAUUUCUAACCUCAUUACCUCGCCAAGCCCAGAGUUAAUUCUAGUUGGUGAUGGCCUCAAAUUGGUUUUCAUGGCAAUGGAGGAUUGUUUUUGUAAAUAUGAUGUGGGUCUGGUAUGGCUGAUAUAAUGAUAGAUAUAAUGAUAUCAAUCAGUAUGGUAGCAGACAGUUUUAAAGAAUAUUGUUGUGUUUACUGUGAAUUCUCAGCACAUAUGAUCUACAAUUUAUAUGAGAACAUUUCCUAUACUCCUUUUACCCAGACUAGAUGUGGAGUUUCGAAUAUCAUAAGUUACAACAGAGAAAUAGUUUAAGAGGUGGGAAAAUACCUUUUCAGAGCGAUCAGAGGGCUAGAGGUGGGAGUGAGAGGAAAACUGCCAAAGGACAUUUUCUACUUUCAUAUAGUUGUGUUGUCAUACUGACAGAUGUUUUCUUCUAAAUCUCUCUUACUUUUUAUUCUGAGAAUUAUGAUGAUUCCCUCAUUGCCAAAAACUCCCACUGCUGUUAAAACACUCAUCUCCAAGAUGCAGAUGAAUCAGACUUGGAAUGAAUCAGAUUUGAUGUCAACCCAAUCAGUCAUCUUCCUCCUCCUCUGCCUCAAUACAUAGUAUAGAGCAGGGGUGUCAAACUCAUUUUAGCUCAGGGGCCACAUGGAGGAAAAUCUAUUCCCAAGUGGGCCGGACCGGUAAAAUCAUGGUAUAUAUAACUUAAAAACAACAACUUCAGAUUGUUUUCUUUGUUUUAAUACUAUCAACAUAAAACAUAAAGCUGGAGCCUGAGGACAGUGUGUCCAAAAUGGUACAAGCACAACAUCACUAUUAAUCAUAAAACACCUGAAGUUUAUUUGAAAAUUCUAAAGAAAAAGAACACACAAACACACAAUGCCUCAGUGAUUCACAGAAGUAUAUCACAGAUCACAGAACUAUAUCAGGGUGUCAUUUCUCAGGCAGAAAUGUAGAUACAAAUAAUGAAAUCCUGUUCCCCAAACAAGUGCAAGAACCACAGAGUCAAGAAUAGGUUAAAUAUACAAAUAAAAUAAAAUCAAUUAAAAACAAUAGCACAUCAACAUAAAAACAUAUAAACAUAAAGCUGGAGCCUGAGGACAGUGUGUCCAAAAGCACAACAUCACUAUUAAUCAUAAAACACCUCAAGUUAUUUGAAAUUCUGAGGACAAACAACACACAAACACACAAUGCCUCAGUGAUUCACAGAAGUAUAUCACAGAUCACAGAACUAUAUCAGGGUGUCUCAUGCAGCACUUUAAGUGGGGUUGCAUAGUUUAUUUGACUCCUGAUACCUGGCAUCUUUUAGCUUUCACCAGCGCAUCAAUAUCAGGCGUCACAUCCUGAGUGGCAGCCAACUUCAGGAUGUGAUUCAAGUGCUUGUGCGUGAGCCUUGAGCGCAGCUUUGUUUUAUUCAUGACGUUAUCCAUCUUUAAUGACUUGCAACACAAAGCCUCCUGGUGCAAAAUACAGUGAAAAGUCCAAAAAUCACGUCCUCCAUUUGCAGAUUGCACUUUCUCUCUGAACUUUGUCACAACGCUGCUUUUUUCCCGAUAAUUGAGGGCGCACCAUUUGUAGCCAGGCUGACAGCGCAGGACCAGUCCACUCCGACCCUGUCCAGCGCGCCGACGAGUGCAGUGAAAAUAUCAGCUGCUGUCGUUGUAUCUGUCAUCGGCACCAAUUCCACGAACUCCUCGGUGACGGUCAAUGUGUCAUCAACUCCGCGGAUGAAAAUGGCCAGUUGUGCAACAUCUGUAAUGUCCGUGCUUUCAUCAAUUGCAACCGAAAACGCAAUAAAUGACUUUACUUUUUGCUUCAACUGGCUGUCCAAAUCCACUGAAAGAUCGGAAAUCCUGUCUGCAACUGUGUUUCUUGUCAGGCUGAUAUUUGCAAAAGCCUGGUGCUUUUCAGGGCACACAAUCUCUGCUGCCUUCAUCAUGCAUGUUUUUACAAAUUCACCCUCACUAAAUGGUUUUGAAGCCACUGCGAUUUCAUUAGCAAUGAGGUAGCUAGCUUUCACUGCAGCGUCACUGAUGUCUCGGCUGUGAGUAAACACAGACUGCUGUUUCUUCAGUCCCACCAACAGUUCAUUCACCUUCUCUCUUCUCCGCUGUCCUUGAAAGUUGUCAUAUUUGUCGGCAUGAAGACUCACAUAGUGGCGACGAAGGUUAUAUUCUUUCAGCACUGCAACAUGCUGUGAACACACCAAACAUACAGCUUUCCCAUUCAAUUCCGUGAAUAAAUAGAAGGAUGAAAAUUUUUCUUGGAACACUCUGCACUCUGCGUCCACUUUUCUCUUUUUUGACAGAGACAUAUUGGGGCAAUGAGGGUGCCAAAGCACAUAAUGUUAAAAGUAGAAGCCGUAAUAAAUAUUGCGGGCAAAACAAAGUAGCUCAUCCGGACUGGCUGCACUUGCUUGACCUAUUUGCUCUGCCCCGGUAUAAACAGUUUGCUUGCUUAACACAAUUUCUAUUGCGCCAUCCAGUGGACACAAUUGGAACAGCAGUUUCUUUUAUUGAAAAAUUGCAGCUCAUUUUUAUACUUUACAAAAUCAUCUCACGGGCCGGAUUAAACCCGUUUGCGGGCCUGAUCCGGCCCGCGGGCCGGACGUUUGACACCCCUGGUAUAGAGUCUCCAAAGAUGCUAAUAAAGGACAUUAUCUGUUUGUAUAUGUGAACUGUUUGUGCUAGCCCACUGAGCUAAGACAUAGAGCACUGGGCGCUAUAACACAAGUCUUAAAUGUGGAACUGUCAGCGUUUUAGCAACAUGAAAUCUUAUUAAAAUCUGUUCAUAUACACCCCCAGGAACAAUGACACAUUUGUUUUACAUUUUCUGACAAGCGAGCACUUAGAUAUGGUCAUUUUCACGUUUUCAUAAAUUGUUAGAAUGUUUGGGGAUGACGUAUAGUAAGGCUUUUGUUAUGCACAUCAACAACAACAAGAUCAACAACUAAUGCUAGUCAGAGAGAGAUGAGCUCAAAUCUAACGAGGGAUAAACCCUCUCAAACUAGUUCAGCUAAUUGGCCAUCAAAAUUGCACUGAUAAACGAUGGGAAAUAUUAGCCUGCUUGUCCUUCUGCAGCUUGCCUGCCAAUGCGUGCUUGUCCCAACCCACAACUAAAUGGGAACUUGCCUGAUCAAUGCCAAAUACAUUUGAUUGACAACUAGCUAAGGGUACGUUCAUGAAUUGCCUCCAGUGUGUCAGAGUGUGCUCUGGGUCAUUCGUAAAUUCAGAGCAUUGUCAGAUUGUCGGUUUGUAAAUUCAGAGCCUUUCGCUCUCCGAGCGUACACUGCACGAUUGACACUGAACGCACUGGCUGAGGAGUAGGGUUGAUCCGAGCGUUCCUCACAAUGGCAGUCAAGUACACAAGCUAACUGGCUAAAGUUGGCUAGAUUGCUAGCUACAGUACUUCCUGACACAAAUGAGAGAACACCUCACUCUGACCAUUUUACUCGCCCUAGCAGAGCUGGUUAGGCUGUUUACAUGUUAUCUAGAGCGUUCGUGACUUACUGUUACUUUUUUUGCAUACGUUUAGCUACUGACACCGGUCAUAUUCAGCGGGUGUUGCGCAUUCGUAAAUUAAUCAGUUAUUCUGUGCUCUGGCACACUCAGACGAGAGUGCUCUGAAAUUGGAGUAGAUAGCCAGAGUGAAUUUAUGAAUGCAAGCGAUAUGCUAACUGGAUAACAGUCAUUUAAAUUCAGCAUAGCUAGCUAGCUAGCAAAGUGAUUCUCAUUGUUUGCUAGCUAACCAAAUGACACCUUCAUCUAGCUGUAGCCACCGCAAAAUUAUAUGAGGGGGAAAAGUUGGUCACUCACCCACUCCUCCAAUGACAUUACAUCCUCUCAGCAGCUAGCUAGCUAAUGUGAGGAUUCCGUGUUUUUAGCUCGCUAAAUAAAGAGCUACAUAAAUAGAUAUGCUAGCCUAUUAGCCACAUUAUGACUGACUUGUGAUCUUUGCCCUUGCUAGUUUGAUUGUAUUGACAUUCCCAGCCUUAGUUACAUUCGCCCGUUUUUGUCCAAUAUAUUGACUCAUUGAAACUGACACAGUGCAUCCGAAUGGGUGGAGGGCAGCAAACAAUGUACCAGGCCAGCUGUGAUUUACCCCCUGAUAGCACUAUUUUGGGGACUACCAAGACAUUUAUUGGUGAAUUAUAUUAAUCAUGCAUUGAACUGCAUCCAUCUAUUCUGCCAACAAUGUCUUACUGUACGUCAUGGAAUUUUGAGUCAAAUGGAACCUAUUCUUAAAACCUCUUAUAAAGUUGCUUUUGUAGCAUAAACUGGCAAUUGGAUAUUUUUGACUGAUAUUAUGAUUUUCUGUUUGUUUCAUAUCUGCAAAGCAGUUAAAACGCUGUCAGUUCCACUUUAAGAUCUCAGGCAAGGUUACCCAUUACACAAGCACUACUACCUGAAACUGGCAUUUGAUUGAAAGCUGGCUCCUCUGUGCAUUCCCCUCACAUAUUAGAGGUCAGGUGCUGGGUGGUGGUGUCACUGACCUGCCAGAUGAGCGCUGUGCAGAAUAUCCAAUGAAUGUCGUGCUAAUAUGGUCCUUCAGAGAGUGAUGGGGCCGGAGCAUUCAUUAGCAGCUAGGACUUAAUUAGGGCAAGAUUCCUCUUACACAAUUGCAGUGAAGAGAAUGGUAGGCAUCUUCAUUUUUGUUGCUCUCAGGUGGUGCAUUCUCAGCUGAAUAUGGAGUGGAGAAGAUAUGGCGUUGGAAUUGAGGGAAAAACGUGUGAUGGUGGAGAAAUGCGGAAUGUGUUAAUUGUAGAGCUGCAGAGCUAGCUAACUGGCACCUGUACUUGAGUGGGUGUGUUCUUUUUCUAUUUAUCACAGGUAAACAUAUGUCAGGGUUUACCUCAGAGCUUUAUCACAGGAAGGAAGGGGAGAGAGGACAAUGAGGAGGCUGUGAUAAUGUGAUGCUGUGAUGUUUGCUCGGUUAGGGAGGCUACCACUCUAAUGUGCAACAUCAAUCAGGAUGCUCUCUUCUCCUCUCCUCUUCUCUCCGCUGUGCUACGUGGCAACUUUUAUUGCUGCUCAUUAAAGUAAGUGCAGAUAUUUUAUGCAUCGAUUGAAAUGAGAGGAGUUUUUCAUGCUAAUUUCCCUCCUUUAUAUUUGUUAUUCAUCAUCUUUGAGUCAAAUGCACUGGAGAGAGGCAAUACACAGCUAAUCUAUGUUGUUUUUAGUGCUGAAACACUAUUUAGCAGCUCGGGAAUUUUGCAUAUCCACUUAUGUUGGAAAUAGAACACAAUCUAAUACCGAAGCAACCUCUUAUGGUUGAAUGACAAGCCUUCCCAUAAGAGACUGUUAUUAGAAUUAAGGACUGACAUGGUGUAACUCAUCUCUCUCAUCAAUGUUUUCCGAAUAGAACAUUGUCUGUUCUCUAUCUCUCUCAGGAAUAUAUUGUUCUUAUUUAGUCUCAUCCUUUUGAUAGAGACUGCCAGUUUCUGGAAAUAGAGCCAGGCUCUGCCUCUAUCCCCCAGGGAACAUUUCAUUUAAUUUAUAUUGUAUUUCUCCCCAGUUUCGAUCUUGUCUCAUUGCUGCAACUCCCCAACUGGCUCGGGAGGCAUGCAUCCUCCAAAACAUCACCCACCAAACCACGCUUCUUAACACCCGGAAGCCAGCCGCACCAAUGUGUCGGAGGAAACACUGUUCACCUGAUGACCGAGGUCAGCCUGCAGGCACCCGGCCCGCCACAAGGAUUCGCUAGAGCGCGACCAAGUAAAGCCCCCCCGGCCAAACCCUCCUCUAACCCGGAUGACGCUGGGCCAAUUGUGCGCUGCCCUAUGGUACUCCCGAUCACCGCCAGUUGUGAUACAGCCUGGGAUCGAACCCAGGUCUGUUGUGACGCCUCUAGCACUGCGAUGCAGUGCCUUAGACCUCUGUGCUUCUCAGGAGGCCCUGAUGGGGAACAUUUCAAGACUCACAUGUUCCAGGCUCCUCUUGACCGGCGACAGGUCCUGAUAAGCUUUCUCCAAAUGCCACAACCAGUCUGUGAAAUAAAAAGAAUGAACUUGUGUAUCCCGAAAGAGGCCUCCUCUAGCUAACUGAGAGCUAGCUCCCAUGUAAAUGCAUUAGAACAGGGGUGUCAAACAUACGGAGGGGGUCCAAUAAAAAAAAUCAACACCAGGGGCUCAGUGCACGAGUGGAGGGCAUAGAAUGCCAUGUUAAGUUUUAAUAGAUUUUUUUAUGACUGAACGUGAGCAGCGAACAGCCUUUCUCACUAGAGGCGUUUGGUGAUCUGACGACUUGAAAUCCCCAGCAAAGGGACAACGUCUCCUCUUUGAGUCAGUCUGAGUUUUUUUCCAUAUCCACACCACCAAUGCCAUUUUAGGUAGAAAAUGUAGCCUGUUAUUAUUCCUAAUUUGCUGCCCUAUAUACAUAGACAUGGAAUCACUGGCCACUUUAAUAAUGGAACACUAGUCACUUUAAUAAUGUUUACAUACUGUUUUAUUCAUCUCAUAUGUAUAUACUGUAGUCUAUUGUACUGUAUUUUAGUCAAUGCCACUCCGACAUUGCUCGUCCUAAUAUUUAUAUUUCAUAAUUCCAUUAUUUUACUUAAUCAUUUGAGGAUGCUUCUUGAAGUGCCUUUAAAUAUGCAGGCUGAUCUUGCCGGUACUGAGCUGACCUCAUAGCUACAUCAGUAUGCUGCUUGGCUGUCCCCCCUGCAAGGCAAACUACACUUCUCAUCUCUAAUCUAUUAUUCAGAGAGAGGAGCCAGAGAGACGAAGACUGGGGAAGUGAGAUAACUUUCUCAAUUUUCUCUCUCUCGCUCGUUCUAGAGAAGAGAGGAGUCUAGAGAGGCGAGAGACGAGAGCGAGCGCGAAGAGCGAGCGAGAGAGAGAGGCGAUGGAGAGCGCGUAGAUCUAAAUAGAGAGAGCGAGAUCUCGCGAUAGAGAGAGCUGCUAUCGAUAUAGCUCUAGCGAUAUCGGCUCUCUCUUCUCUAGAUAGCUCGAGCUCUCUCUAUCGCUAGUCUAUCUCGCUCUCUCUCUUCUCUAUUCGCUCCUCGACGCAAAUCUUCCCCUCCUCUUCCCUCCAUUCCUCCUUCAUUCCUAUUCUCCUUGCUUCCAUUAUGUGGGAACACAAAUGGAAUGAUUGCCGGACUUGCCAUUCAGAGCACACAAGCUCUCUCUGAAACGCUGAUGGUAUUGUUCAAAUAAUGAUGCAUGGGAAGAGAUUAAAUUAAACUUCAUCAGCUUCAGAUGUGAUCCAUCUCCAAAUCUAUUUCCUGAAGAUAAAAACAUUGAAAGGGCAAUGAUGACAAGGGGGGAAAGGGAAGUAUUUGUUUUGUUGUCCAUUAUUUAUGUUCUAAUUCAUUUUGGAGAGAUGUCGGGUUUUGAUGCGAAUGUAUUAGAGUAUUGAUCUUGAGCCUGAGGUGCUGGUCUCGGAUGGUGUGGCAUCAAGUAUUUAUUAUGUCAGCUAAUGUCUCUCUCUGCAGUAAAUAUUGUACACAGAAACAUACAGCUUUAAUAAUACUGUAUUCUGACAAAUGGCAUGAUGAUGAACUACCCUCAGAACAGCUUCAAUUCGUCAGGGCAUGGACUCUACAAGGUGAUGAAAGUGUUCCAUAGGGAUGCUGGCCAAUGUUGACUCCAAUGCUUCCCACAGUUGUAUCAAGUUGGCUGGAUGUCCUUUGUGUGGUGGACCAUUCUUGAUACACAUGGGAAAGUAUCUGGUGCAUGUGACAAUGAAACAUUUUUCAAAGUAGAUAAGAAAUACUUUAAGACCGGCUUAUUACCAACUACUACAACUAUCAAUCAGGUAGAGCUACCUGUUACCUGUUCUCUACAUUCCUCUCUCAUGCGGUCUCAUGUGGUCUGCAUGUAUCCACCUCUGUCCGGAGCCGGGAAGACAGGCGCAAUGGAUUAUGGUCAUUGUAGUUAAUUACCACGUUUUCUAUGUUGAACUAGGUUGAGUAUUUGCCUAGUGAAAACUACAACUCCCUACAGCCCUGUGUCCCACAGUUCGUUCUUGAUUUAAUUUAUCUCGUCAAUUAUUUGAUUUCUCUCUAGAGAGCACUGAGCAAAAAAAUGAAAUGAAAUUCUAGUAAUUCAACCGACGUUGGUCAGAUUUUUUAAUAACCCCCCCAAAAAAAUAUUCUGUUUAAUCGCUCUCACUACCGCCUAUGUAAUGUUGCUUGCAAUCGUGGUUAGGCUGUUAGCUGGCCAAAAUGAGCAUACAUGAAAAGUGCUACACUGUUGAUAUAACCGUGUGUUGCUGAGGGCUUUCAGUGAAUUUAUGUAAAUCAUGAAGCAGGAAUGAUCAAAUUAAGAUCCUACACCAGUAGUGUGUUUAUCACAUGGUGUAAAGGUUGUCCCUUCAUUUAAAUAUGGUUUACUAUGUAGUUGUGUUCAUUUUAAACUCCCCCCAUUUUGCCUCAUUGUGACAAUGCCUCUCUUAAAGACAGGAAGUGUGUUCUCCUGUCUCUUUGACGCUGCCUUCCUUCCUGCAGCAGGAAUCAGGUUGAAGACACCAUAAUCACCUCAUUAGAUCUGACACUGGAUGCCAUUUUGAAAUCAAGGUUUGCAGGGAACAUCUUGAGAGGAACACUGUGCACCAUUUUCCAAAUACACUCUCUCAUCCCUGUCCAGGGUUACCGAGUAAACCCUCGUCUUUCUCAUUCUCCAUCUCUUAGACAUCAUUAAAUCCUAUUCACGGUACUACAUGAAUAAUACGGCAUGCCGAUCUACCUCCAUCUAACCAGGGAUGUAUUCCCUGUUCACCCACGACUCCAACACCAUCAUUAACUUUGCUGACGACACAAUGGUGGUAGGCCUGAUCACCAACGAUGAUGAGACAGCCUAUAAGGAGGAGGUCAGAGACCUCUCCCUCAAUGUCAGCAAGACAAAGGAGCUUAUCGUGGACUACAGGAAACGGAGGGCCGAGCACGCCCCCAUUCACAUCGACGGGGCUGUAGUGGAGCGGGUGUAGAGCUCAAUCUCCACAUCUCUAAGGAUCUAUCAUGGUCCACACUUACCAACACAGUCGUGAAGAGGGCAUGACAACGCCUCUUCCCCCUCAGGAGGCUGAAAAUAUUUGGCAUAGGCCCUCAGAUCCUCAAAAAGUCCUACAGCUACACCAUUGAGAGUAUCUUGACUGGCUGCAUCACCGCUUGGUAUGGCAACUGCUUGGCAUCCGACCGCAUGGCGCUACAGAGUGUAGUGCGUACGACCCAGUACAUCACUGGGGCUGAGCUCCCUGCCAUCCAGGACCUCUAUACCAGGCAGUGUCAGAGGAAGGCCCUAAAAAUUGUCAAAGACUCCAGCCACCCUAGUCAUAUACUGUUCCCUCUGCUACUGCAUGGCAAGCGAUACCAAUGCACCAAGUCUGGAACCAACAGGACCCUGAACAGCUUCUACCCCCAAGCCAUAAGACUGCUAAAUACACUGCUAAAAAAAUAAAGGGAACACUUAAACAACACAAUGUAACUCCAAGUCAAUCACACUUCUGUGAAAUCAAACUGUCCACUUAGGAAGCAACACUGAUUGACAAUACAUUUCACAUGCUGUUGUGCAAAUGGAAUAGACAACAGGUGGAAAUUAUAGGCAAUUAGCAAGACACCCCCAAUAAAGAAGUGGUUCUGCAGGUGGUGACCACAGACCACUUCUCAGUUCCUAUGCUUCCUGGCUGAUGUUUUGGUAACUUUUGAAUGCUGGCGGUGCUUUCACUCUAGUGGUAGCAUGAGACGGAGUCUACAACCCACACAAGUGGCUCAGGUAGUGCAGCUCAUCCAGGAUGCCACAUCAAUGCGAGCUGUGGCAAGAAGGUUUGCUGUGUCUGUCAGCGUAGUGUUCAGAGCAUGGAGGCGCUACCAGGAGACAGGCCAGUACAUCAGGAGACGUGGAGGAGGCCGUAGGAGGGCAACAACCCAGCAGCAGGACCGCUACCUCCGCCUUUGUGCAAGGAGGAGCAGGAGGAACACUGCCAGAGCCCUGCAAAAUGACCUCCAGCAGGCCACAAAUGUGCAUGUGUCUGCUCAAACGGUCAGAAACAGACUCCAUGAGGGUGGUAUGAGGGCCCGACGUCCACAGGUGGGGGUUGUACUUACAGCCCAACACCGUGCAGGACGUUUGGCAUUUGCCAGAGAACACCAAGAUUGGCAAAUUCGCCACUGGCGCCCUGUGCUCUUCACAGAUGAAAGCAGGUUCACACUGAGCACAUGUGACAGACGUGACAGAGUCUGGAGACGCCGUGGAGAACGUUCUAGUGCCUGCAACAUUCUCCAGCAUGACCGGUUUGGCGGUGGGUCAGUCAUGGUGUGGGGUGGCAUUUCUUUGGGGGGCCGCACAGCCCUCCAUGUGCUCGCCAGAGGUAGCCUGACUGCCAUUAGGUACCGAGAUGAGAUCCUCAGACCCCUUGUGAGACCAUAUACUGGUGCGGUUGGCCCUGGGUUCCUCCUAAUGCAAGACAAUGCUAGACCUCAUGUGGCUGGAGUGUGUCAGCAGUUCCUGCAAGAGGAAGGCAUUGAUGCUAUGGACUGGCCCGCCCAUUCCCCAGACCUGAAUCCAAUUGAGCACAUCUGGGACAUCAUGUCUCGCUCCAUCCACCAACGCCACGUUGCACCACAGACUGUCCAGGAGUUGGCGGAUGCUUUAGUCCAUGUCUGGGAGGAGAUCCCUCAGGAGACCAUCCGCCACCUCAUCAGGAGCAUGCCCAGGCAUUGUAGGGAGGUCAUACAGGCACGUGGAGGCCACACACACUACUGAGCCUCAUUUUGACUUGUUUUAAGGACAUUACAUCAAAGUUGGAUCAGCCUAUAGUGUGGUUUUCCACUUUAAUUUUGAGGGUGACUCCAAAUCCAGACCUCCAUGGGUUGAUAAAUUUGAUUUCCAUUGAUAAUUUUUGUGUGAUUUUGUUGUCAGCACAUUCAACUAUGUAAAGAAAAAAGUAUUUAAUAAGAUUAUUUCAUUCAUUCAGAUCUAGGAUGUGUUGUUUAAGUGUUCCCUUUAUUUUUUUGAGCAGUGUAGAUAGUUAAAUAGUUAACCAAUAAGCUAUCCGGACUAUCUGCAUUGACCCUUUUUGCACUAACUUUUUUUGACUCAUCACAUACGCUGCGGUUACUGUUUAUUAUUUAUCCAUUGCCUAGUCACUUUAUCCCUACCUACAGUAUAUGUACAUACAGUGCCUUGCGAAAGUAUUCACCCCCCUUGGCAUUUUUCCUAUUUUGUUGCCUUACAACCUGGAAUUAAAAUGUAUUUUGGGGGGGGGUUUGUAUAAUUUGAUUUACACAACAUGCCUACCACUUUGAAGAUGCAAAAUAUGUUUUAUUGUGAAACAAACAAGAAAUAAGACAAACUUGAGCGUGCAGAACUAUUCACCCCCCCCAAAGUCAAUACUUUGUAGAGGCACCUUUUGCAGCAAUUACAGCUGCAAGUCUCUUGGGGUAUGUCUCUAUAAGCUUGGCACAUCCAGCCACUGGGAUUUUUGCCCAUUCUUCAAGGCAAAACUGCUCCAGCUCCUUCAAGUUGGAUGGGUUCCGCUGGUGUACAGCAAUCUUUAAGUCAUACCACAGAUUCUCAAUUGGAUUGAGGUCUGGGCUUUGACUAGGCCAUUCCAAGACAUUUAAACGUUUCCCCUUAAACCACACAAGUGUUGCUUUAGCAGUAUGCUUAGGGUCAUUGUCCUGCUGGAAGGUGAGUCUCUGUCCCAGUCUCAAAUCUCUGGAAGACUGUAACAGGUUUCCCUCAAGAAUUUCCCUGUAUUUAGCGCCAUCCAUCAUUCCUUCAAUUCUGACCAGUUUCCCAGUCCCUGCCGAUGAAAAACAUACCCACAGCAUGAUGCUGCCCCCACCAUGCUUCACUGUGGGGAUGGUGUUUUCGGGGUGAUGAGAGGUGUUGGGUUUGCGCCAGACAUAGUGUUUACCUUGAUGGCCAAAAAACUCAAUUUUAGUCUCAUCUGACCAGAGUACCUUCUUCCAUAUCUUUGGGGAGUCUCCCACAUGGCUUUUGGCGAACAACAAACGUGUUUGCUUAUUUUUUUCUUUACGCAAUGGCUUUUUUCUGACCACUCUUCCGUAAAGCCCAUCUCUGUGGAGUGUACGGCUUAAAGUGGUCCUAUGGACAGAUACUCUCAUCUCCGCUGUGGAGCUUUGCAGCUACUUCAGGGUUAUCUUUGGUCUCUUUGUUGCCUCUCUGAUUAAUGCCCUCCUUGCCUGGUCCGUGAGUUUUGGUGGGCGGCCCUCUCUUGGCAGGUUUGUUGUGGUGCCAUAUUCUUUCCAUUUUUUAAUAAUGGAUUUAAUGGUGCUCUGUGGGAUGUUCAAAGUUUCAGAUAUUUUUUUAUAACCCAACCCUGAUCUGUUUGGAGAUCUCCUUGGUCUUCAUGGUGCUGCUUGCUUGGUGGUGCCCUUUGCUUAGUGGUGUUGCAGACUCUGGGGCCUUUCAGAACAGGUGUAUAUAUACUGAGAUCGUGUGACAGAUCAUGUGACACUUAGAUUGCACACAUGUGGACUUUAUUUAACUAAUUAUGUGACUUCUGAAGGUAAAUGGUUGCACCAGAUCUUAUUUAGGGGCUUCAUAACAAAGGGGGUGAAUAAAUAUGCACGCACCACUUUUCCGUUAUUUAUCUUUUCCAUUUUUUUUAAACAAGUUUUUUUUUUCAUUUCACUUCACCAAUUUGGACUAUUUUGUGUAUGUCCAUUACAUGAAAUCCAAAUAAAAAUCCAUUUAAAUUACAGGUUGUAAUGCAACAAAAUAGGAAAAACACCAAGGGGGAUUAAUAAUUUUGCAAGGCACUGUAUCUACCUCAAUUACCUCGUACCCCUGCACAUCGACUCGGUACUGGUACCCUGUGUAUAUAGUUAUUGUAUAUUUAUUAUUACGUCUUAUUACGUUAAGAUUAUUUCUCUAUUUUCUUUCUCUCUGCAUUGUUGGGAAGGGCCCGUAAGUAAGCUUUUCACUGUUAGUCUACACCUGUUGUUUACGAAGCGUGUGACAAAUAAAAUGAGAUUGGAUUUGAUUAGAAAUUACCUUCACAUUACCGUCAUUGUCGUUGAUCCCGUGAACUUUCCUCAGUCGCAGCCCACUUGAAUCAUGUCUGGUAGAGGCUACAGGUAAUCAAUGCCCCUCCUCUCCCACUCCCCAGGCCCAGAGCUUGGGGUAAUAGAGGGGGGGGGGUUUGGUAUUAUAAUUGAAAGCCCCACUUCAAUAGCGAUAAAUAAUGAAGUUUCCCUGGGGGCUAUUAGUGGUAGAGCAGAGGGAGGAGGGGGGACGAAGGGGAGAAAGGAAGGAGGAAGAGGGAGAUCAUACAUAUAUUCAGGCUCUGUUAACAUCUCACUGACUGGAGGAAUGAAGUAUAUAAUAUAUUUCACAGCAGUUUAGAUUCAACAAUGAUUCUCAACACUUUACUUGCUUGAUUUGUCACAUAAACUGAAAUUAGGCAAACUAUUAGAAUUUUUUUAGAACCUGGAAAUGGCGGAGCGAUUUCUGCAUAGUGCGCCGUUAAAAUGUAUUACCUUUAAUUGUGGCAUAAACACAACCAGUCAUGAUGUUUUCAUCUGAUUGUCAAACAAUCACUUGAAAGGGCUACUUUAAUAGGCUACCUGCGCACGUUCAUCCACUCUCAACAUAUUUCCAGCCUCCAAACAGUGAUGAAUGGAAAGAGACACCUGUUACACAAAACACCACAAAGUGUAAUGACAUUUUGGGCAUUGUCAUUAGGCCAGAAUUUAUGCAUCCACUGCUGUCCGUGCGAGUCUCGGUGUCAGGCAUUCAUCUCUGCCUUGGCAAAAUGUCAGUGUUCUCGUCGAGCCACAUCGCAUUUUGGAGCGUAAGAUAUACCACCUGUUUUCAAGUAAUUUUUUAUGCCUUUGACAUGCAGUAGCCUAAUGAUAAAUAGUGAUGUAAUAAGCUACAGUUUUCUUGACAUUUUCUUUUAAUUAUUGUGAUAGGCUCAUGUUUUACCAGUACCACAUACCCCACUAUUUAUUUUGUCGGGAUGCCAUACCGGACCUUACCGCCUUACCUUCACCCCAGCAUAUUGGUAUUUGAAUCCACUUCCCAACUGUGUGUUCUGUGUUGUUGUGAGGGAGUUCGAGUUCCUUAUCUUAAUUGUACUACAGUUGGUGUAGUCGCAGUAGUGUACUGUAGUCCUGAGCCUGUGGGACCCAGGGACAGCACAGAGACACAGAGAUGGUGUGUGUGUGUGUGUGUGUGUGUGAGUACACGCGCCACAGGAGGUUGGAAGGGCUCGUGGUAAUGGCUGUAGCUGAUUGAGUGGAAUGGUAUCAAAUACAUCAAGCACAUGGUUGAUGCCAUUCCAUUCGCUCCGUUGCAGCCAUUGUUAUGAGCCGUCCUCCCCUCAGCAGCCUCCACUGGUGUGCACGUGCGUGUGGUGUGUGUGUGUGUGCGUGCGUGGUGGGAGCCAGGGACUGAAACGAGACACAGGGACAGAGGUAACUGACGGCAGCUAUGGGAGGACGGAGCAGAGCACUGCCCUCAGGAAACAUGCUCAGGAUGACAGGAACAAGGGAACAACUCCUGGAGGAGAAGAAGGAGAGAAGAGAAAGAGGAGGAGAAAGAGGAGGGAUCGCUCAAGGGAGAACCCCCUGAAGGCAGUCAGGACAGAGUGGGAGGCUCCAUAUGCUGGGGCUGUACAGAGAGGCGGUUCAGAGGCGUAGUUUGACAUAUUCCUCUUUUCCUCAGCCUUUUCUGUCUUUUUCUCCCUUUUAGCUUGCUCACCCUCUCACUUCUAUCUCUUUUCUGUCACUCUCUCUCUCUCUCUUUCUCUCUCUCUCUCUCUCCUCUCUCUCUCUCCGCUCUCUCUCGUCCUCUCCUCCGCUCUCUCUCUCUCGCUCUCUCGCUCUCUCUCUUUCUCUCUCUCCCUCUCUCUCUCUCCUCUCUCUCGCUCUCUCUCUCUCUACUUCCUCAUCUCUGCUCCUCUCUCUCUCCCUCUCUCAUCUCGCUCUCUCUCUCUCCUCUCUCUCUCUCUCCCUCUCUCUCCCUCUCCCUCUCUCUCUCUCUCCCUGCCUCUUCCUCUUUCUUAUGAUUGGCUGUAGGGUCUAUCGGAGGUCUGUCGAGGGUCACGUUUCAAAGCCCUGUCCUUGGGGAAUGCUGACUGGGUCUGUGUCGAGAUGGUGAUCCUUCAGUGCUUUAUAUACUGGGACUCAAAUGGCACUUUGUAUACUGUACUGUACUGACUGACUGACUGACUGACUGACUGCAGAUGGAGAUACAUUUGUUUGCUCAGUUAUUUUGUGUGUGUGUGUUUUACAUUCUGAGAAAAGGCAAUGAUGGAUUGUCGUAUCUUUCCACAAACUCCAAUGGUUCCAGGCAAUUUUCCAGAUUCUCUGUGUGCUGGUUGGGAGUGGCUCUGGGAGUGAAGCCCUCAAUGGAGAGCUCAGUCAGAAAGCCAGAGGCAAUAACCUUAAAGGCUAGCAGCCCACCAGUGGAACUGUAGGUGUGCGCUCUCCUAUUCCAGCAACGUAAACACAAAGUCAACUCUGUCAACUCUGUAAGCUUCAUCUUCUUGGCUUUCUCUUUUGUAUUCAGUCGGUCUUACAAUAUUAGUCGUUCGAUUGCCUCCAAUGCACCAUAAACAUGCUUGGGAGCCAGCAGAAGCAUGUCUGUGAUGUUAGAUGUUGUGACAUUACACGACACACUUGUCCACAUAAACAAACCGACUCGUGACUGGAUGUAUAGUACAAAAUCAUCUCUGGUCAGCAUCAGUGUAGGCUGUUGUUGUUGUAGUUGUAGUUGUAGGAGGAAGUCCUGACAAUGCAUGUUUCAGCCGGAGAGGAGGAGAGAAGGAGGAGGAGAGGAGGGGGAGAGGGGGAGGAAAGGAGAAGGGCUGCUAA